ACACCAGGCUCAAACUUGAGAUCGCAUAAAAAGCAUGAAAAGAAAUUUAUGCGUAUUGCAUUGAAGUUUCUAAUAACCCCCAAAUCCCCUCUCUAAUCCCUACCCGUUUCAAUCUAAUACUAAAUCAAAUCAAAUCAAUUAAAUAGGAAACAAAAUAAAUCUUGCUACACCCACAAAUCGUCAACAUCAUCAGCAGCAUCGUUAUUGGCCUGCAAUUUUCAUUUCUUCUUGCUAGGAAAAACAAGAGCUAGUGAAAAUGUCGGAUCAAAUAGCAAAAGGUCAGGAGUUCGAGAAGAAAGCUGAGAAGAAGCUAACUGGCUGGGGCUUCUUUGGUUCCAAGUAUGAAGAUGCCGGUGAUCUAUUUGAAAAAGCUGCCAAUUGUUACAAGCUUGCCAAAUCCUGGGACCAAGCUGGAUCUGUAUAUGUCAAAAUGGCCGAGUGCCAUCUGAAAAUGGAUAGCAAACAUGAAGCUGCCAAUGCUUAUGCUAAUGCAGCUCAUUCGUACAAGAAGACAAACACCAAGGAGUGCAUAGCUAACCUAGAACAAGCAUUGAAUAUAUUCAUGGAAAUUGGAAGGCUCAGCAUGUCUGCUAGAUAUUGCAAGGAAAUUGCUGAGCUAUAUGAACAGGAACAACAUCUGGAGCAGGCUAUCGCUUACUAUGAUAAAGCAGCUGAUCUUUUCCAAGGCGAGGAAGUAACUACUUCAGCUAACCAGUGCAAACAGAAAAUUGCACAAUUUUCGGCUCAACUUGAACAAUAUCAGAAAGCUAUAGAAAUUUAUGAAGAUAUAGCACGACAGUCUCUAAACAAUAACUUGUUAAAGUAUGGAGUUAGAGGGCAUCUACUAAAUGCAGGCAUUUGCCAACUCUGUAAAGGUGAUGUCGUUGCAAUCACAAAUGCAUUGGAGCGUUAUCAGGAACUGGAUCCAACCUUUUCAGGAACACGUGAAUACAAAUUGCUGGCGGAUUUAGCUGCUGCCAUGGAUGAAGAAGAUGUUGCAAAGUUCACUGAUGCUGUCAAGGAAUUUGAUAGCAUGACUAAGCUGGACGAAUGGAAAACUACCCUUCUGCUGAGAGUGAAGUUGUUAUUGAAAGCCAAGGAAGAGGACGAUGAUGAUCUUACCUGAGGUCCAUUCUGUAUUGUUUUUUUCGUGGUGCUACAUAACUACUAUUCUCGUUGUGCCUUUAUGUGUGUGCAUUGUUAUGUGGGGUCUGCCUUUUGACGUAUGUUGAGCAAAUAUAUCCAGGAUUUGGGUUUUCCAGGUGGAUCAGAUCUUCCACAGUCCAAAUAGAUCAGGUAUUCAGACCGUUUUUUGUUGUUUCAUAUGUGCAUUCAAAGUCUCGGGUUUUUAUUGAAUAAGAAUUGUAUGUCAUUUACAUGACGGAAUCUCUUCAACCGGCAAUGUGUAAGAAUGUUUCGAUUGUACCUUCCACUUUCACCGUUACGGAAGGCAUAAAUCAUGUAUACAUUCUAUUAUAGCAAUAUAUUUCUUGGAUUUUUGGUUUUUCA